AUGGUUGAAGGAGCUCAAGGUGAUGUCACUUUGCGCAGCUUAAUUGAAAAUGAAAUUCCCGAUAGUAGGGCAAAUCUUGAAAACAGUUAUGCGAAUUUGGAACGAGUUGCUGCCUACUGCGAAGCAAAUUAUGCUCAGGCUCAGGAUAAAAGGGCAGCUUUUGAUGAAACUAGACGAUAUGCUGUACAAAGUCUUGCCAGUGUAGCAUAUCAGGUUAAUACUUUGGCUUAUGCACUGUUGCAUUCCCUCGAUUUACAGACGGGUAAAAUCAAUAACAUGGUGUCACAGAUUAACAGUAUAGAAGAAAUCAUUUCAAUUCAUAAAGAGAAAGUAGCGAGACGGGAGAUUGGUUUGUUAACAGUGAACAAAUAUGUUCAAAAGCAGCCUAAAGUUGUUGCAGUUGGAGUUCAGGAACCUGUUCAGCGUUACCAGAGCACUCCCAUAGAUUAUUCGGUGUUAGAUAACUUGGGACACGGUGUUAAAAUUCCCGAGCCUAUAAAUCGAUCAUUUAUAAUGCAUGCAACCUCCACCGUAUCUCAAGGAAGUUCGAACGCACAUUUUCCAAUUUUUCCGAAUUUUGAACAGUUAUUGCCGAAAGCAAAUAUUACUGCAACGCUUUCUCGUUCGGCAACAGCUCGUGGAGACCACUAUCGCACACCACAGAUAGCGGCCACUCCCGUCAUUGAUCCCCAAAGAUUCUCCACUAUUACGCAUGCUAUUCAAAAUUAUAGUACUAUUUCUGCUGCUCCAAAUUAUGGCACUAUUAACAAAAAACGCGAUUCACAACAGUCUAUGCCUCUUCCUCCUCCUCAACUAGCUCCGGUAGCUCAGUAUAGGCUAUCAACAAACAGCUUAGGUAACGUCAUCUUUCUUGUGUUAUUUUCCGACGGACUUCCUCCACCACCUACUUCUGUUAUGAUGGAUGAUGAGCCUUUGCCACCUCCUCCGAUACCAACUACAGUUACACCAAUUCACGAGUCAGGAUCUUCAAAAAAUAUUUCUGGAUCAUCUGCUAAUGAAUGCUCAUCUCUGGUAUUGGAGUCUGCAUUUGACCGAUCAUACGAAUGGAUUCCAAAAGUUUAUAUUGAAAAAGCAAUUGCACUGUACGACUAUGAAGCAGAAAAACCGGAUGAGUUGACUCUUAGAGAAAAUUGCAUCGUGUACGUUUUACGGAAGAAUGAUGAUGGUUGGUUUGAAGGUGUAUUAAAUGGAUGUACCGGGCUGUUUCCAGGAAACUACGUGCAAGCGAUCAACUAA